AACAAAUUAGCACCGUUUACUUUCACUCGAAAAUAUUUUACUUAAAAACCAAAAAAAAAAAAAAAACCAAAUUUUUAUUUAUCCUUCAUUUUUCCGAAAUUCUCGAUCGCCGAUUCGACGGUGUUUUCCGGCGAUUCAUUCUCGAUGCGAGAAUCGCCGAUUACCUGAAAAUAAAACUUUCACUGAAACCAUAAACCCUAAAGUUACUGUAGUUAUUAGCUCUUCUUGAUUCCAAAUCUUGCUUAAAGAUUCGUGCUUUUUCGCUACUUCGAUUGGAUCUGCUUAAUCUCUGGAGGAAGAAGUUUCAGAGAUCUAUUUCGAAGCUUUGUUUGUAAUUUUCCCCAAUUUAUCAAUAAUGAUGAUCUUUUGGUUCUUGAAUAUGGAAUGUGUUUCGGGUUUUAGCUUGCGAGAACGGUGUUAGUUUCCAUUUGUAGAGCUGCUGCGUUGUUGUUAUAUAUUGGGUUGGUUACAUGGAAGCUUACAGAGAGGAAGCUCUCAGAGUGAAACAAAUCGCUGAGAGGAGAUUUGCGGAGAAAGAUUUCACGAGCGCUAGGAGUUAUGCGUUGAAAGCAAAGUCUUUGUUUCCUGAUUUGGAAGGUGUGUCUCAGAUGGUUGCUACGUUUGAAGUUUAUUUAGCUUCUCAGACUAGAAGUGGUGGUCAGAUUGAUUAUUACGCGGUACUUGGACUGAAACCGUCGGCUGGGAAACGAGAAGUGAAGAAGCAGUACAAAAAGAUGGCUGUAUUGCUUCAUCCUGAUAAGAACAAAUGCAUUGGAGCUGAUGGUGCAUUUCAUCUCAUAUCUGAAGCCUGGAGUUUCUUGUCUAAUGAGUUUAAUAAAAGCACUUUUUAUUACAAAAGAAAGAAGCAUAUCGACUCCACGGUGGUUCAGAAGCACAGCACAGAGUAUAUGCCUGGGACAGGGACUGCGGUAUAUGAUCGGUUUCCACCAUCUUCGGAAAGGCUUGAUACUUUCUGGACUGUAUGCACAUCUUGCAAAGUUCAGUAUGAGUACUUGAGGAAGUAUGUGAAUAAGAGGCUUUCGUGUAAGAACUGUCGUGGAGCAUUUAUUGCUGUAGAAACUGGUCCAGCUCCUGUUAGUGCACCAUUUCAUUACACGCCCCCAUCUCAUGCGCCUCCGUCUCAUGCGCCUCCAUCUCAUGCGCCUCCGAGUAAUGGCUAUGGCGCACAUGGUUAUGAUGCUAUGUCACGCAUGCCCACCAAUUCCACGUAUUUCUUAGGGCACUAUCCUGGGCAAGGACAUGGAUAUGAUUAUGGUACGAAUGGUUCAUAUGAAUGGAGCUCGUACGCUGGAACAACCUCCCCAGGGAAUCUGGAUUUGAAGCGUGUGUCCUCAGUGUCCAAUGGGUAUCCUUAUAAGCACAGCAACUCAGUAGUCAGCGCGGGAAUAAAUAAAGUCAAAGAUGGUUCUAAUGGGACAUGCUCGAAGAAAAGCACACAUGGAGGUCUGAUAUAUCCUAAUCCGCCCAGCAUGUCUGCUCACGCGACUGUUAAGGUCGGCAGACCUGGGAAGAAAAGCAAAGUGUUUAUGGAAGCUGCUGCUAAUGGAUUUGUUGAGAACCCUCUGAAAUCUGUUUCAGUAUCAAAGACAACGAAUGCGGAUGCCAAAAUGGAACAGGAUUACAAACUUCAUCUCCAAAGUUCAACUAGACGUUGGUCUGCUGCUUCAGUAUUGGAUACACGGACACCUUUAAUUCAAAAGGCCAGAACAGAUAUCAAGCAAAGAUUGGAGAUCAUGAGAUUGGCUUCAGAGGCAGCAGCGGCUGCAGAGGAUGCGACACCACUUGAUGAAAAAACUGUUAUCUCCUGUAAGUUGGGAGAUGUAACGGGACGCAAAACUAACGGGCCAAUAACAGUUCCAGACUCUGAUUUCCAUGACUUUGAUAAAAACAGAUCAGAGGAAUCCUUUGAGCCAAGGCAAAUAUGGGCAAUUUAUGAUGAAGAUGAUGGUAUGCCACGCCUAUAUUGUGUGGUUAGGGAAGUACUCUCGGUUCAACCCUUUAAGAUUGACAUUGCUUACUUAAGCUCCAAAACCGAUAUCGAGUUUGGGUCAAUGAAAUGGGUACAAUACGGGUUUACAAAGUCGUGUGGACAUUUCAGGAUACGAAACUCUGACAUAGUUGAUCAAGUUAACAUCUUUUCGCAUCUUUUGAAAGGGAAGAAGACAGGGAGAGGUGGUUGUGUUCGAAUCUUCCCCACAACUGGGGAGAUUUGGGCUGUCUACAAGAACUGGUCACUGAACUGGGAUGGAUCAACACCGGACGAAGUGAGGCACCAAUAUGAAAUGGUGGAGAUUCUUGAUGAGUAUACUGAACAGUAUGGUGUGUGUGUUGCCCCACUUGUUAAACUAGAGGGUUACAAAACCGUAUAUCACAGGAGCACGAGGGAGGAAAGUAAGAAGUGGAUACCAAGGUGUGAGAUGUUGCGGUUUUCGCAUCAAGUGCCGUCUUGGUUUCUUAAAGACGCAACCAGCGGCUUUCCCGGAAACUGUUGGGACUUAGAUCCAGCUGCAAUCCCCGAGGAGCUGCUUCACAUCGGAGCAGGAACCAAUUGAUUUCAGUGACCCUGUAAGAGAAAGAGGGUUUCAGAUUAAGACCAAGUGUAAGAGUUGUUGUAUCAGCGAAGAUUAUGGAGUUUUAUGAAGGACUGUUGACACGCAAAACCAUUAUGUUUGGUCACUGAAGCUGUUGUAUUAGGCAAUGUUCAACGAGUAAGCAAAGCAUAGAUUGACUUUUGUUUGCUCUGUUGUUUCUUUUCUUUCUUUUUUUCAACUCUGCAUUCGUUUCUUUGUUGACCUUAGUGAUGACAGAAUUUUUACGAGUAGAGUUAUAAAUGUAGCAAUUAUCUUUCUACUUUUUA